AUCUACUAAUCGGCGUCUCUGCUUUGUGCGGUGAUUCGCACCGCCAAGAAACCAACGGAUCGAUCGUUUUGACUUCAUACAGGGGAACGUGCUAGAAGUAUUCAACAUAACAUUGUCUGAAGAGCAUUUCUGAAUUCUAACUGCUGACGCCUGCAAUUUUAAUGGUUCGCUUGAGGAAAUUAUGCCAAGAAAGCUCUACACAGGUAUCAGGUAUUCGCUAAUUUGUUUGGUAAGUGUAUAAAGUGUGUAUCCUUUUUUGAUCCCUAUUUAUUUAUAGUUAUACUUCUAAAAACCCAUUCGGAACACUAAGUUUGUAAUAAUGUUUCGCGACACGAAACGACAACACUGCUUUAAAAAUUCUUCCCAGCUCACCACGUCGCACAUCGACCUGAAUCAUCCAUUAAUGUUUAGUGUUGCGCGGCGACAACAAGGUGUUAAAGUGAUAUCUCAAAUUUUUGUGUAAAAAGUGUUCAAAUGAAGCGUAAAGCGAAAGAAGACCUUAAGAGGAAAGCAAAGAAGCGAUUGCUUGAAGAUUUAAGGAGGAAAAUGGAAAAAUUUGAGAGGUUUAUGGAGAGUUCCACUUCAAGUGAAUACUCUGAUUCCACAGAUUCAGGGUCAGAGUCAGAUCAUUCUCCCGGGAAUGAUGACGAGCCUCAGGAAAGGGUAGAAAAGGAUUUAACCCUAAGCGUAAUUUUGGGAGAGGACCCAAAAAUUAUUGGGGAGAAAGGCCCUCCAUUAUGCGAAGCUUUAGUAAAUCGAUGGUCAAGCUACCUGAGCGAGGGACUAGAAAAGGAUAUCAGAGAGGCGCUUAUUGAAAAAUAUAAAACGCCCGAUAACGGCCAGUUUCUAGAAGCUCCGAAAUUAAACCCCGAGAUUGAGAUAUCUCUGUCUCCAGCUCAAAUUAAAAGGGAUCAGUUUUCCAUGAGCAUUCAAAACAAGCUAGGAAGAGCUCUGGCAGCACAAGGUUCUGUUUUAAAUAUUAUUUUAUCAAAAGACGCAACUCCGCAUACGAUUGACGAUAAUACAAAAACAGCCUUAGCUGAUGCAGCUAAAUUGAUUUGUGAAGCACAUUACCUCAUAUCCUACCACCGGAAACAUGAACUAUAUCCCUUUUUAAACGCCGAUGUUCAGAAGGUAGCUAUGAAAUCCCAGAUUGACUCAUUACUAUUUGGGGAGAACUUCCAAGAAAAAUAUAAAGCUGCAAAAGAGGUUAAGAGAACGGCUUUAGAUUUAAAAGCGGGCCCUUCAGGGAAUAAGCAAGAAAAGAAGGAUCAUUUAAACUACAAGCGCCAAAGCAACAGACCCAGGUUCAAGACAGAGAAGUACGACAGGAGGAAGAGGGCGAGACAACCAGAGUGGCAGACGGAGAAGCAGCCACAGUGGACUCGGGGCAAGCAGUCCAACCAAAAGCAGCGUUGGUCGGGGAAAUACCACAACUAGAGGGAGAGCCAUCCGAUUUGGGAACGUCUUACCCUGGUUGCAGGGAGGCUAUCAGGGAAUCCUAUACGAAGAGAGGCCUACCAGAAGACUGCAUACCCACCAUGUUAGCUUCGAUAAGUAACAGCACAAUUAAACAAUAUAACGUGUCUCUUAGAAAGUGGUGGAUAUUCUGCGAAAAAAAUAACAUAAAUGUUUUUCAAUCAGACAGUAAGCAAGUAGUUAAGUUUUUAAGUAUGUGUCAAUAUGAAGGGGCGUCUUACAAUUCAUUAAAUGCUCAUUUGUCAGCCAUUAAACUUAUUACAGAUAUAACGGGAAAUUUAGAAAUUUUUAAACGAUUCUUAAAAGGUGCUUUUAGGAUUAAACCUUGUUUCCCCAAAUAUCAAGAAACAUGGGAUCCGGAAAAGGUUUUGAAUUAUUUGUCCAAACUUUAUCCCUUAGAAAAUAUUUCAUUUGAUAUGCUUUCGAUUAAACUAGUUACACUCUUAGCUCUCACGUCUGCCCAUAGAAUGCAAACCCUAUCUAAAAUACAGUUAAACAAUAUAUAUACGUAUGAAGAUAGAAUAGAAAUUGUUAUCACAGAUGUAAUAAAGACCUCUUAUCACAAUAAAAGUCAACCGAUUUUAAGAUUUCCCAUAUUUAGAGAAAAACCGGAACUUUGUGUGGCAACAACUUUAUGUUUUUAUAUUAAUGCCACCCGACCAAAACGAUGUGAUAAAAAUAAUAAUUAUUUAUUGUUAACACAUAAAAAGCCAUACCGGGUAGCAUCCACACAAACCUUAUCUAGGUGGAUAAAAAAGGCGUUAGAACGUAGCGGCAUAGAUGUUAAUAAAUUUAAGGGCUAUAGUACCAGACAUUCAGCGGUUUCAGCCGCCAGUAGACAGGGUGUCAAUAUAGAGACUAUAAGAAGUGCUGCAGGUUGGACAGCAAAAUCAAAUAUGUUCGUUAGAUUUUACGAUAGACCUAUAUUAGAUAAGUGCGUGUUUGCAAAAUCCAUUUUGGGUAUGGAAAUAAAUUAGGUCCUCGUUAAAGUUAGGAGAUAAGAUGCUUAAGUAAGAAUUUAAUUAUUAAUUAUAUAUAUAAAUGAUUAUUUAUAUAUGAGUGUUCUGAUUAAAUAUGUACCUACCUUUAUGGAUAUAUAUAUA